CACGUCCAAAACCGGCCUCUAAACGCUUCGGAGAACGGAAGCAGCGCCUGACCACCGUCUGCUGCAAUCGUAGGCCACCGCCGCGCCGUCUCCUAUAACUUUCCGAUGGCUGAUGGAAAUGAUGAAAAUGCUAUGGAGGUUGCCUAUCACACUGACACAAACACAGAUGAGAAACUAAGAAGGGAGGGGAAGUCGAGGUCGGUAGUCUGGCAGCAUUUCACAAAGCUUAUAAGGGAGGAUGGAACUUACGAGAAAUGCAAGUGUAAUCAUUGUAACAAGAUUUUCUCUUGUUCAAGUAGAAGUGGGACUACCACUUUACUUCGCCAUGUAACUGAGGGAGCGUGUCCGGUGGUUAAGCUUGACAAAAAGGAGAAGUUACAGACAAAUAAUACAAGUUUUGGCAAUACAGGAGGUAGUUCAGAGCUGAGGGGAGUCUCUGCUCAGUGGAAGUUUGAUCAUGCACCAAUUGAACCGCCAAUCGAUAUGCAUGAUGAGUUGUUGCCAGAGGGAUUGCCGUGUGUGUACUCAAAUGGCGAUUUUGCUGGUCAAACGCCAAGCCCUGCUUAUGGUAUUUAUUCUCAGCCCCCUGCUACAAAGUCUCAAAUUAACGGAGACACAUGGAUGAAUGAGGUGAGGGCUUGCUUGAGUAAACUCAACAAACUCACUAAUGAACAGCUUCCUUUAGGGACACCAUUAAAGACUUCAUCAGCCAUUGGUGCUCCUGAUACCUCAAUAGCUACCGCCAUAAAGUGCUUGAAUGAAAUGGGAGAUAUUCCUCAAUCAAGCACCAUGUAUCUAGACGCUCUUGACAUUAUCAGAGAUCCAGAAGAAAGGGAAUGCUUUGUUUAUUUAAACCCAGAGCCGCGCAGAAGGUGGCUGCAAAGGAUGUUGCACCGCCGUCAUCCCUUAAGCUAUACUACUCAUGUUUGAUCUAUACCUCAAGUGCUUAAACCACCUGUGGCGAAGCAUGACGACUGUGCAGCUCUUGGAAGAUCGAGGAACUUUCCCGGAGGGAAAUGGAGAAAGAUAUGUAAAUUUCUGUGAACAGAUUUCUAAUAGAUCCAGUUGUUGAACUAUUCUAUUCUUUGCCUUGCCAUAACCACCUUACUUUUUAACUUAUUUCUCAAAAUGAAGAUUGACAAUGCACAAAUUUUGAAUCUCAUUGAUCAUAUUAUUUGCCUCAGCAAUUCCAAUUACCUUUGCCCCUUU